AUGUGGCUCUGGACGGGUGCUUCGAGCGCCUCUUUGCAGAGGGACGUGACCGAAGUUCCUAAGCAGGACUUCUACUCCGCUGAUCACAUGCUGGCCCUCUUAGAUUCGCUUCCUUCUUAUGAGACGGUCGAUGACAAAAACCGAGAUUAUACAAUUGAGACACUACGCCAGAUUGCGGAAGUACUUGUAUGGGGCGAACAGCAUAACCGAGGAUAUUUCGAUAUCUUUUGCGAACAAAAUGUUCUGUCAUACUUUGUUCAAUUGGCGGAGCGACCGACUGUGCCAAAUGCUGUCAAAGUGCAGCUUCUUCAGACCCUCAGCAUCAUAGUGCAGAGCAUCAACAAGGAAACCGCAGUAUAUUACAUGUUCAGCAACAACUACAUCAACUCUUUGCUCAGCACGAAAUUUGACUUCGAGGAUGAGGAGGUUGCGAGCUGGUAUAUAUCGUUCAUCAAGAGCCUAUCGAUGCUCGUCAACCCGGCAACAAUUAAGCUUUUCCUGAAUGAAAGAGCAAAACAUUUCCCAUUAUACAGCGAAGCUGUCAAGUUUUUCAUUGCGAAGGAUUCCAUGAUCCGAACACAUUGCCGAAAUGUUACGCUCACCCUUUUCAGAGUAAAGGACCCUGCCAUUCGCGCCUUUCUCGUGGAAAGACCCAUCUUCUUUUCGCAUGUUGCCUGCUACUUACGGGAGGUCCUGAAUCGCCAGUUUUCACGCCUAACUGCUAAUGGUGCGACUGCUCCAGACCUCGCCAUUCAAGAUGGGGCAUUAGAGAUAGAAGAGAUGCUCUUCUACAUUCAGGACAUUUUCAGUCUAAAUGUGGAGGAAUUUUCGGAGCUCCUUGCGGCACGGCUGCUAAUCCAUUGUUAUCUGCCGGUGAUAGGCUUGAUGGGGAAAUCAGUUGCCAGCAGGACAGAAUCAGGCCAUGCGGGCCUCGUUAAGGCGGGUGCAAGUGCGAACAACACUCCAGAAAGUGAAAUCCAGCUAUCUGAAAGCAGCGAAGAAGAAAUGAAUACUAGCCUUUCCAGUGAAAAUACGGGAGGCGAAGGAUCUCCAGGUGGUGAAAAGCGGAUGGAGCAGGGCUGGAUGGCCGGGUGGAGUACUUUAGAUGAUUUGAAGGAUACAACAUUUGGUGAUGGGGGAAAGGACAGUCACGAAGGUAAUCCCAGAAGUUCGCUUGUUCAACGUAAUGACGCUAAAGAACUCACUACGUCGUGGAGGGCUCGUGCUGCUCAGGCAAUGGCUGUACACCUUGACGAUGUGCAGCAGGAAAAUUCCCUGCUCCACCAGAACGAAGCUACAUGCAGUGUCGGGAAGUUAGCUUCAUCUUCGACGUCUCACUCACACAAAAGGCAUCCACAGGAUUUGCUACACGACACUUACAACUUCGACCCGGCGCAACGCAUGAUUUUGUUUUUCUUGAUGCAGACUUUUAACUGCGUUCAGAGUGAGCUACUACUUCGCCCGAUUCUAGCUGCUUUACUGUUUCACCGGCUUCCUAAACCCUUCCACGAUUUGUUGCUGGGAAAAGAUCUAGACGUUCCAGAAGCGUACAAUAACCUGCGGAACCCCACUGACUGUGCUGGUCACAUCGAAAUGUUUCUUCCUAGUGAUGGCGUACCGAGUGGCAGUGAGGUGCAACGAAUAGAUUAUCAACGACAUGGGCAAAGCGACACCACCGAUAAGGUCGAGGGUCCCGACCAGGGAGCUGGUGCACAGAGCCAAUCAUCAAAGCAUGAGUCCUUGGAGCAGCCAUCAGCCUUCUCCUUUGACGAUCGCUUGAAAAUGCUGGAGGCAUCCAUGAAAGUCUUUACUGAACUUGGUUUCUUUGGAGAGCCGCCCGGCACAGCAUACGCCUGCCGUGAAGGCGAAAUCCAUCAGGGAGGUGAAACUAAAGCUGGCCAUCCGGAGAUUGUCAAUCGCAAUCUCGAGUCAUUUGAUGACCUGAAAGUGGGAAGCGAAGACACCUGGUGUGACAAUCCUAUCCGGCAAUUCUUGUUAACGCUUGUCGAUGGCUCCGGGCUGGCAGAGAGGCAGUGCGACACCUCCUUCUUGUUGCUUGCCAUUCUCGUGCAGUCUGUCCUGAGCCACUCAGUUAAGGCCGCGGUACGCUUGAAAGGCCCUUGUCGAAUUUGCCUUGUACCACUAUUUGUGGCUGCACAAGUCCCUGGUACUAUGCGUAGUAGAACCCCUGAUGAUGCAAAUAACCUAUGUUCAAUGCGCAGGUUAGGUCCCACGUCAGGGUAUCCAAUAUCGAAGGAUGCAACUGCAACGCAAGAGGAGAAUUGUCUUCCGGAGCGCACAACCUGGAGUGGCAUGGUUUCGCAAGACAGAAACAGUGCCCUUUCCUCUGAAUACUGCGCACGAUCGGCGGCCAGUGUACCCAGCAUCCAAGCUCCAUCUAUGCAUCCGGAGUCUUUCUCGGAUACCUUGUUUGAGGCUUGUGGAUCCGCAAACUGUGGGCAGAUGUGCUGGAGCUUUAUUGAAAAGAUGCUUGACGCUAUCCAAAAAAAUCUUUCCAAUACCCUCCUGCGCUCAAUCACCGUACGGGUGGCACUCUCAGCGCUUGCUGCAUUCAUCACAAACUACGUACUUAAAGUUCAGCCUCUUGAGUUCAGGAUCCGAUGUACGGAGGUGCUUGUCGAUCGGGCUUUGAAGUUAAGACGCUCGGCGGCAGUUGCGACUAAGCGUUGUCUUGCCGAAACGUUGGAUAGCCAUAUUAUCGACGUAUUCUGGGACGAAUGGGAGAUGCACAGAGCGGGCGCCAUCAACGAUUCAGCUUUUGCGCGAAAUCUUCGCAUUCUUUGCUCGCCACCUAGCUCACAAACCAGCCGGGCAAAUUGCGACUUCCCUCCAUACCUGCUGGUGGCGAUGACGGAUCAGGAGAUUGAGCGACGGUCUAUUCAGUUGUUUCUUCUUCUACGGCGGCUGCAUCGGGAUCUCCAGACGAUCUUGCAAAGCAUUGGGUCAACUCCAGGAAAGGCUUCUGACGCCACGCAGGAGGCUUUUUCCAUCCUUUACGGUGAAUCCUUGGAGCCGAAUCCUUUUGAAAGUGAAGAUUGUGCACAUCUGCGGGCUCAGGGUGACAGUUGUGCUUCCAAGUUACCCGAAGCCAAAUCAAGAACAAGUAUCUCACUGGAAGGCCGAAAUAUUAUUCGAUGCUCUGUCGAGACCGCCUCUGGGCCGGCUACCCGCUACUGCGUGCAAGACGACAAGCGUCUUCUUCUUGUGUCUCCAUCGUCCACACUCCCAGGUUUCGCUGAUAUCAGGACAUCGCACCCAUUGCGAAAUGUUGAGUGUCGCUUGAGGAAGAACAGCUCACGUUGCAUGCAGCUUCUCGUAUUGGACGUUGCACCCCCCUCUGAUGGGCUAUCACGUUCCCCAUCCAGCGGUCUAUCUGAAAAUCCUCCCACGAUGCGAGUCAGUUUGACCGCCCCUCCUUUGAAAAAAUGUGUAGAAAUGGAACGUCCAGCUUUGUGGGAAAUCCGCCUACAGUUUGCUGAUGCCGUGCGUUGCAACUUAGUUUUUCACAUUUUGCAAAAAGCACGAGCCAUUGUCCGCAGAACCCUAGCCUCGCGUAUUGAUGAGCUACUUGAGGAGAUCUAG